AUGAGGGAUGCCCCAGCGAACGCGUCGGAAGUCUGCACGCUGGAUGAAAUAAAGUCCCAUUUUGAAAAGAAGAAAUUUGAACAUGUGCUGAAUUUAACGAAGAAGAUUUACUCCAGUGAGGAGUUCGAUGAGUACGCACUCAGGGCCAGGUACUACUGUCUGAUUGAGAAGGGAGAGUUCACAAAAUUGCUGCACGAAAUUAUGCACAUGUUAGUAGGUGAUGGAGCGAAGAACGCUGCAAAGGGUGGGAAAGGUCCAUCCACCCUUGGUAACAAGGGGAAGAGCACAUUUAAGGACCUCUUCCAAGGAAGCUAUGAAUGCAUUAAGAGGAAAAACGUCCUAUUCGAGCUCUUCUACUGUAUGUACAAACUGAAGAAGCUAAAAAAACUGAACGGCUGUUUGAAGUACGUAUCUGAGAAGGAAAAGAAUCUGCCCCAGUUUAUGGAUGUACUCCUGGCAGAGGUAAAUUUCCAACUACACCAUUUCGAAGCGUCCAUUGGUUGGUACGAAAAUUUGCUAGAGUGUCAAAAUGCCAAGCAGGCAAUAGCGGCCUCCAUUAACCUCAACAGCGGUUACUUCUCCCUUUACUUCAAACUGCUAUAUGAGUAUAAUUUUUUGCGAAGUGUUAACUCGAGAAACAGUUCUGAUAAGGCGAAACAGAAAGACAUCGAAGAGGUGAAAAAUCAAAUCGUAACAAACACGGAUGGGUUUAAAUACGACGAAGAAAGGGAUAGCUUUGAGCAGAUAUUUAACUAUGCCACUUUUUUUUUAAUUGAAAAGAAUUACCCUGAAGCGGUAAAAUUUCUCGAUUUGGCAGAUGCCAUUUGUAGGAGUACCCUCAUUGGGGGAAGUGCAUCCGAUUCUGGCGUCGUUGAUGGGGAGGAGGAAGUGAACCACGAAGGGGGAGACGAUAUGGAUGACGAAGAAGGACAACUCGAUGAAGCAAAAAAACGCUUGAGUGAUCACAGCGUGAAAGUUUCCCUCUCGCAGGAGGACAUACUAACGAACAAACGGACUCUCGUCCAGUUACAGAGAGCCUACGUGUACUCCAAGUCGAACCGUCUGAAGGACGCCAUAGCGAUAUAUGAAAAUGUUUUGGAAAGCUACUUGGAAAAUGGCCAAAAGGAAGACGCCGAAGGUGUUGACAGUCUCAUCCCUUUGGUGGCCUACAACAACUACAUCGCUCUGAGGCAUAACUGUGAAGGUGAAACUGUUCGCCAUGUGAAGCCCAAGGGGAAGAACGUGCCCCCAUCUGGGCAGGUUCCAUCCGGACAGGCUCCAUCCGGUUCCCACCCCACAUUCACCCUCAGCCAGGACAAACUGAACAAAAUAAAAAGCGACCUACGAAUGAGCAAACGUUAUUUACACAACGAGAGCGAGUUUAUGAGGUCCGUAGCGCUCUUCAACGAAUGCGUUAGUAGUCUGAAAAAUGACCAGAAGGACGAAUUCAAAUCCAAGUUGAAAAGUUUUACAACACGUUUUGGAAAUUCCAUCCUCCUAGAUAAAUUAAUAGCUCUUUUUUUAAAAAGCGAAAAUGCACACAUCAAAUGUAAGCACCAUCUGUUGAAAAAUAUCCAUUUGAUGUACUCUCAUCAGAACAAAAUAAAAUUUCUAAACGCAUAUUUAUCCUUAUGCUAUGAAAAAAAAAGUUUCACAGAAAUAGUAAAAAUGUAUAGGAAGUAUGAGUACGUAUUUAAAAUGGAUGUCCAACAUUAUAGCACUUUUUUUUCCAACUUAUUUUACGUUUAUAUAUGUGCUCGCUACGGAGGGGAGUCUCUCCCCCUGGUGGGGAAGAAUAAUACCCCCGUCACCAAAGGUUGUGUGAACAAUAACGACGGUGACGGUGCAAUUCCACCGCGUAACCUAACCCUCGUGGUAGACCUCUUCAACAAGUACAAACAAGCUAUCAAAGCAGAUGUAAGAAUAGUUAACUACGAGACGGUUUUUCUAGUCAGCAAAUAUUUACUACACCACGGGAAGGAAGAGUUACUCACGGAUCUCUUCGACCAUUUGUCCAGACACGUCAAAAAUGACUUUCACUUUUUUUCCUGCUUCACUUAUAUAUAUACCUACAUCAAUAUGGAACUUACACGAAAGUAUGAGGAUAAAUUGAAGAAGGCCGUUUUGGCGGAGACCUACCUUAUCGAUGUAGAGGAUCUUGAGAAUAAAGACUUCACGCUCGGCUUCUCCUCCUCUUUCGGUACUACUACCACUCCUGGUGGGGGAAACGUCCAUACUGCUUCCCCCUCCACAGUGCCCAUCGAUAGGAACAAGAAAAAACGAAAGAGAUCGAAGAAGGCAAAGAGUAAGAAGGACGGGAUGGGUAACCACGCUGGUUACGACCCAGAGAAGUGGCUUCCGAAGCAUGAGAAAACCGGGUUUAAGAAGUCCAAGAAGAAGAAGCAGAAAACGGCGGACGCCCCCCCCAAACCGAAGGUGGUCGUCGUGGAGGAGCCUAAGAACAAUCCAGCCGCUUCGUCAAAACUGCAGGGGUUGAAGAAGCGCCGCAAGAAGUGA